AUGAAAGUAAUCCCCAGGUGCAUGAGGCUUGAAUUAUUUGAUGUUGGAUUCGAAGGAACUACAAUUAGAGAUUGUUUAAGACUUCAGAAGGAAGAUAAUAGCAGUAAAAUCGUUUUCGAUAGCAACGGAACAUAUGGCUCCACAUACAAAGGAUACUCAAAACUUAAAUUAAGCAAAUAUGUGAAAAACUGCGUUCUUAAUAAAGGCAACUUUGAAUCGGAACUUCAAUUAGAAGCAUUUCCUGCGCUUAUAAGGCCUACUGAUGAUAUAAUUAUGCAUAUGCACGAGGCAGGCAUGAUGGCGUUUGUUGAGUUUAUAAAAAUAUCAAACCACUUCUACAUAGAUGAGUCAGGUAAAGCUUAUAGAAUUCCAUACACAAAGACAGAGAUCGCUGAUUCAAAUAUCCUGAGUCUAGAAGAAAAGCAUUUUGUUGGUAAACUGUUUAGAGGGCACAUGACUUUCGACGAGUUUUCACAGUCUCUUUCUGAAAGAUCAAAGGCGAUCUUAAUGAAUGGGAUUGCAGGAGAUAAUAACACAGCCAUGAGAAUGAACAUGUAUGCCAAAAACAUCGGAAUGGUACCAUUCCUGUAUCCUCGUCACGGGCAUAAAGAAAUUUCAGAAAUGUUUUCAAGAUGUAACUCUAUGUGCGGUAUUGGAUAUGUUCUGGAUCCCUUAUUAUCUGUAACUCCUAUUGAUAAUAUAGGUGAAAAUAACAUUGAUAAAGUGCAUACAGAUCAAGAUUUAAUUAAGGAAUCAGGUUCAAAUGCCACGUAUAUUGACAAGACACUAUUUGAGUAUUCAUAUAAAAUACAUACAAGUUAUGGUGAUGUGCUGACCAAAAAAGUGGUAUUUUCAGAUUCAAACAUGCCAGGAUGUUAUGUAAGAGUCAUCAACACAAAAAAACAUAUCCUUGAAAAAACAUUUUUUGCAUUUGCACGAAGAGUGCACUUGAUGAACAUCAUUGCAUUGAGUUCUGAAACAGAAUGCUGUUCAGAAGAAACUUACCUCAUAUAUAUCACUAAAAAUGAAGAAAGUGUGUCAGAUGAUGAUUUAAGGUUCUUGGGAAUUCAAGAUGAAGAUAUAAUCGAAGAUAUUUCCUAUGAAACCAUAUAUUCAUUCAAACCAGACUCGUUUGUCAUUGAAUAA